AUGGCUAAGGAAAGGGAAAGGAAAAUGGAUAUGCAAAUACUUAAUGCUGGCACGUCUACAAUGAGUGAAAAACGACGAGCUCUUCAUGAGAUUGCAUAUUCAGAAGAAGAAGAUAUCGAUAGGAACUCUAUCCCAACUCCUCAUAGAUGGAUCAACAGAGAUCAAGAAACAGGACAUGAUCGCCUUUUUCAAGAUUAUUUUGCAGAUGAACCGGUGUAUAAUGCUAACAUUUUUCGACGGAGAUUUCAAAUGAGAAGACAUGUGUUUCUUCGGAUAGUAGACGCUCUCUCAAACAUCUAUCCGUAUUUCCAACACAGAGUUGAUGCAACUGGAAGAAGAGGCUUGUCACCACUCAAAAAAUGCACCGCUGCGAUACGGAUGUUAGCAUAUGGCGUAGCAGCUGAUGCUGUUGAUGAUUAUGUGCGCAUAGGCGAGAGCACUACAAUUGAAUGCUUGAAAAAAUUUGUUGAAGGUGUCAUUUCGGUGUUCGAGGAUGAAUACUUGCGAAAAUCAAAUCCAAAUGAUGUACGACGCCUGCUACAAAUGGCGGAUGGUCGUGGCUUUCCUGGCAUGUUGGGUAGCAUUGACUGCAUGCAUUGGCAAUGGAAAAAUUGUCCAAAGGCGUGGAAAGUUUUUGGUUCAAAUAACGAUAUCAACGUGUUAGAUCAUUCUUCAGUGUUCGAUGAUAUUCUAAAUGAUCGUACUCUGGAGGUAAAUUAUACUAUUAAUGGUGAUAAUUAUACUAUGGGAUACUAUUUAGCAGAUGAUAUUUAUCCUGAAUGGGCCACAUUUGUCAAAUCAAUCUCAAAGCCACAAGGGAAGAAACGCAAGUUAUUUGCACAAUACCAAGAAGGGCAAAGAAAAGAUGUGGAGCAAGCAUUUGGAGUGUUGCAAGCACGCUUUGCAAUUAUACGUGGUUCAGCUCGCUUUUGGGAAAAGAAAAAGCUUGCCAACAUAAUGAGAGCUUGUAUUAUAUUGCAUAAUAUGAUUGUUGAGGAUAAAAGAGACAUUUAUGCAGAAAAUUUUGCUCAAGGCUUAGAGUAUGAUGAUGUCGAAAAUGACUUAUCACAACCUCAGCUGGGAGAAGAACAUUUUGCACCAUACCAUCAAUUUUUUCAAAGAAAUGCUCAACUUUGA